AUGCGCUCUGAAGAUGAAGAAGGAGACGUGGCCUCGCCCUCCAAGUUCUCCCCGUCAUCCUUGUCCACCGCGGCCACCGACGGGGCACUGUCCAAGCACGAGUCGCAAUGGGGGAUCUCUGGCUUCUUCCGUGUGCUGUGCGAUGCAUUCGGAUGGAGGCUACUUCUCAUGCUCACUCUUACCGAGGCGGGUUUGAAGGGCUUCGCAGCGGGCGGCGGCAACGGCGGCCUGAUUGGCCUGCCUAUCGAAUAUCUCCUAAAGGAGUUCCACGUUAGCGCCGGGAACAUCCAGAUCUACAGGUCGGCUGUGAGCGUGCCAUGGUCCAUCAAGCCAUUAUUGGGGCUGAUAUCGGACGCCGUCCCCAUCUUCGGCUACCAUCGUGUAGGGGUAGCCCACGGCCUGGGAUGA